AUGCGGGUGGCGAUGCGCAGGCUGUGCUUUGCCCUUGUGCUGACCGAGCUGCCCUUUGCCAUGGUGGGGCACGCCAUGCCCUCGCCAGAUGCGGGGCCACACGUGAACUCUGGCUGGGAUCAAACCAUAAGGCUCAUGCACUUGUACACCGAGCAGGACAAAGGCAGCUUCAUCAGCUACCACCUGCGGAUGAAUGAUGAUGGCACAGUGGACGGCAGCCUGGAACGGAGCGCACACAGCCUUCUUGAGAUAAGGGCAGUGGCUCCGGGAGUGGUGGCGAUCAAAGGCUAUCGCAGCGGCCGCUAUCUGUGCAUGGAAAGAGACGGCAAGCUGCUCGGCUCGCUAUCAUAUAAUGAAGCUGACUGCUCAUUUACAGAGCGCUUGCUGUCUGGCACCUAUAACUUGUACUGGUCGGAAAAGUAUGGAGCUGCCGUGUCCUUAAGCAGCAGGAGGCAGCGAGCCCACACAAGAGGGAGGCCAUUCCCUCCCCUCUCCCAGUUCCUGCCCAUACGGAACACGCUGCCUCUCCGGCUGGUCCGCCCUAACCAUUCCAGGGAAACUCCUGAACUCGACUCGCUCCCGUCUUCAGUUAUUCAGACCAACAGCAUGGAUCCUCUGGACUUCACAUAUGAAGCCACAUGAAGAAGCCUCCUUUCGACCCAUGAUUGCAUUGCACUUUUUGGCUAAUUGACUGCUUGCUACUCUGCCACCUAGGUCUGCUGAAAAGGAUACAGUGCCUGAUUAUGAAGUCACCUUGUCAUUUGCAAGAUUUAAAAAAACACAGGUAACUCAGGUGUCUGAGUGCCAGCCUCAAUUUAGAAAGGAUUCUCAGUACGAAUAUUCGACAAGUGAAAUACUGAAUGAGUGUAAGUGCCUGGCAGCUUUGAGCCUGCAAUGGUACACAUACAUGAAAAAUGCAACUCUACUGGGAUAAGGGAUACUGGGUGCAGUAAAAUGCUCCCUUGUAGGAUAGGAGAUUAAAAAAAAAAUCAGUGUAAGGCCAUAUCUUAAGAUAGGAAGAGGAUGCAGCAUAAGAGGGUGCAGCAUAACCCUCAAUUGUAAGAUUGAGGACGAAGGGUAAAUAGUGUAACUCCGCCCCCCUCCCCCCCAAUGUAGGAUGUUGAUAGAGGGAAAAGUGUCACUUGAAUUGUAUGAUUGAACAUAAAGGGUACUGUUUAGAAAUCCUAUAAUAGGAAGAGGAAUUAUAGUUUCAGUUUAAACCUUCUCCUAUAACAUGGGAUAGAGGGCAGUUUAAACCAUCUCUCUCAUGAAAUGAGCUGGAGAAUGGAGUUCAGACCUUAUAUCUGAGGACUGGGAAUAUAAGGCACAAGUUUAAACCUCUGCCGUAAGAGGAAGGUUGGAAGGUGAAAUUGGAAAUGUUCCUGCUAGACGGGAGUUCAGUUUAAACUGCGUGUCCUACUGGAGGAGAUGGAAUUUAAGUCCCAGCAGCGAGUUAAAAUGAUCUUCCUGAGGGAAAAUAUUCAGGACAUAUUGUGCAGUUCAAAUGUGCUAUUGUGUGAGAGGGGUCUAAAGCUUGCAAUUUAAGUCCCAUUCCUGGGAAAAGCAUGGAAUAACAUUAAAAACAAAACCUUCACAAACUGGAACUGUAGUAUCAAAUACAUUGAAUAACGAAUCUGAUAUUGCAAAACAUACAAGUUUGUCCAGUUGAAUUUGAAGGAGUCUAGCAUGGAAGAAAUCGAUCGCAAAUUCAGCCAAACAAGCACUUAACCAUUUCUAAGGUAUUUAUAAUUAACUUAUUGUAAACAGUGGUUCCUUCUAUUUUGUUACUAUAUUUAUGUACAUAUAUUUAUACAAUUUUCCAUUUUGUGUAAUUCAGUUUAAAUGAACCUGGUCUUGGAAGGCUAAUGUUGUAUUUUUUUUUUUGCUUGAAUGAUUAAUAAAUAAAAGCAAAUUACUUGAAGUUACAUGUGAAGGUUUGUACUUAAUGGACAAUUAAAUAGUCAAUUACUGGUGACAGCUGAUGGAAUGAAUCAACCAGCUUUUUUCAUAGGUUUCAUUUCAUACUUCCAUAUUGUGACUAAACAGUAAGAAAUUAUA